AUGGCCUCCUCUCAACAAUCCCCACCAACCGACUCCCCAACCGCCCCCUCCCCAGGAGACCAAGACGAAGAAGAACAAGAAAACGCCGACCUCCCCCUCCCCCUCUCCGCCUCCGUAAUCCUCGAACACCUCCCAAAGGACGCCUCCCAGGCCCUCCGCACCGCCGGAACCCUCUCGCAACCCAAAGUCAUCGUCCGGCUCUCACCCCUCCCCAACACGCCGCAGCUCAAGCAGCCGCGCUUCACGUGCUCGAGCAACCAGCGCUUCGAGUAUAUUGUGAAUUUCGUGCGGAGGAAGCUGGGCUUGAAGGCAAAUGAGGGGACGGUGUUUUGUUAUGUGAAUAGUGUUUUUGCGCCGAGGUUGGAUGAGGGGGUGGGAAAUUUGUGGAGGUGUUUUAAGGUUAAUGAUGAGCUUGUGGUGAACUACAGCAUCACGCAGGCGUUUGGAUGA